UACAACAUUCCGCAAAUUCCCUCGCUUAGUCAUGUUCGGUCGGCAUCGCCAGCUGAGCGCCUCCUCGCUCUCCGCGAGCAUCUUGCAUGUAGGUUUUCGUUAUGCCACAUUUCUGGGAAUCAUCUGUUUUGGCAUCGAGGGCAAUCGCACCGAUGGCUGCCUGGUCGCCCAGAACCGCUUCUGGUACAAGCAGUUCUGUCUGCUAACACGUUUGCUAAUAUGCGUCAUUUAUGGCUAUCUGAGUCUGGAUUACAUCUUCAUUCUGGAUAACUCCCAUUUGAUUAUACUGUCCUGGAUUCGGUUGGUGUGCUGCCUGAUCUGUGCCUUUGUCACCCUGACAUUGCAAUUCUGGUUUGGGCAACAUGUGCUCCGAGUGGUCAACAGUUAUUUGAGGCUAUUUCGCAAGGUCAACGCGCUGCCCGGCAGCCAGGCGAGCGGUUUUGGCGGCAGGCGGGAGUUGAGUUUGUUGAUCUUCAAGAUGAUUUGCCUCAUGAACGAAGUGUUCUGCGAAAUUCCGGAAUUGCUUAACGGCUUGAAUAUGCGACUCUUUGUAACCAUACUGUGUGAACUAUACGUUAACACCAAUGCCACCAUGAUCGGUCACCUCUGCUUUGUGGGCUACCUCAGCGUGGGCGCCCUCUACGCCCGGGUCAAUCAUUACGUGCGGCACGAGCUGCGACGCCAGCUGCAAGGACUGGAGCAGCCCAAUGGCUGUGAAGUGAGUCGACGACAGCUAAGGGCCGCUGGCUGCCGACUGGACCAGUGUCUGGCCAUCUACGAUGAUAUCCAGCGGGUGGGCAGCGCGUUUCAUCGGCUGAUGGAGCUACCACUAUGCCUCAUACUGCUCUUCGCCUUCUUGAGCAUGACAUUGGUGUCCUACUUCAUUAUGCUGCAACGAUUUCGUAAUGUGGGGCUCUGGUUGCUAGUGGCUCGAUUGUUCUUCGAUGUGGUGCUCCUGACACUGGCCAUUCAUGGUGCCAGCAGCAGUUCCCGCGUGGUGCGCCGACUAAGCUUCGACAAUUGCUACGUAACGGAACGCAACGAUUGGCACAUGAAGCUGGAGAUGUUUUUGGGUCGGUUGAAUUUUUUCGAGUUCCGAGUGCGUCCACUGGGACUAUUUGAGAUCUCCAACGAGCUGAUAUUGGUCUUUUUGUCUGGACUCGUAACAUAUCUAACAUACAUAAUACAAUAUGGCAUGCAAUCGAAUAAGAUUUAAA